ACGAAACGCUCGUCAAGCAGCAAGCUGGGCGCUGCGUACAACGAUGCGACGCUGGUGUCGGCCCUGGUGGACGGCACCAGCGGCACGGUUGCGUGGUCGUACAACUGGGGCAGCGCCGUGGGCGGCGACAUGCCCGACGGCGUCGAGUACGUGCCCAUGCUCUGGGGCGCCGACUCCACGUACACCGAGGGCUGGGCGACGGCGGUGGAAACGGCGCUGGACAGCGGCAGCGCCUACAUCCUGGGCUUCAACGAGCCCGACAUGUCGUCGCAGGCCGACCUGAGCGCCUCCGAGGCCGCCGAGUACUAUCUCGAAUACAUCACCCCCUACUCCGGCGACGCCACCCUCGUCAGUCCCGCCGUCACCUCCUCCUCCACCUCGGGCGAGGGCCUCGACUGGUUCGAGGAGUUCAUGGCCGACUGCGGCAGCUGUGAGAUCUCCGCCCUGGCCGUCCACUGGUACGGCGACUCCGUCUCCGAGCUCAAGACCUUCAUCACCGAGGCCAUCACCACCGCCGCCGACUACGGCAUCUCCGAGGUCUGGUUGACCGAGUUCGCCCUCAGCUCCGACGAGGACGGCAUCUCCGACGCUUCUACCGCCGCCGCCUUCCUGGAGGAGGCUAUCCCCUGGCUCGAGGAGCAGGAUGAACUCACCCGCUACUCCUACUUUUAUGUCGCCGAUGGAUACCUGCUGACUGACGGUGUCAUCAACUCCGUCGGUGAGAGCUAUACCUCU